UAUAGAAUUUUGAGUAUUAUACAAUUGUAUUAGGAACAAGUGAUAAUAGUCAAAAUGUUUUUGGAACUGGAUCUUGUGAACUGGGGUGGUGGUGCUGAGGACGAUUGAGAGGAUGAGCAGUUUGAGUCGAACAGCUUCGUUGAAACAAAGAACCCAGAUUGUUGGCAGCCCCCGAGCUGUUGCUAGCCCAAGAAUCACACGAAAGAGCUGGAAUUCCGGACCAGUUCUUAUAGGCGUAGUGAUAGGAUUAGUUGUUUCCUUUUUCUUGGCCGUUGGUUUGCGGUAUCUUUAUGUUCUUCCAAGUCUUACACAGGCUUUUCACGAUGAUAGUGUCUCACAUUUAAAUGAUUCAGGUAACUCUUGUGAUGUGUUUGAUGGAAAUUGGGUGUUGGAUUAUAGGUAUCCCUUGUACAAUGCCUCAGAAUGCCCUUUUGUAGAGCAAGGUUUCAAUUGCUUGGAAAAUGGUAGGAUGGAUAAAGGGUAUCUUAAGUGGAGAUGGAAGCCGAAGAAUUGUGAUAUUCCAAGAUUUAAUGUGAUGAGUAUCCUGGAAAUGUUUCGCAACAGAAGAAUUGUUUUUGUUGGUGAUUCAAUGAGUAGAACACAAUGGGAGUCCUUGAUAUGUAUGUUGAUGACUGGGGUGGAAGAUAAGAGGAGUGUUUAUGAAGUCAAUGGCAGCAAGAUCACGAAACAGAUUAGAUUUUUGGGUGUGAGAUUCAGUUCCUUUAAUUUUACUAUUGAAUUCUAUCGAUCUGUGUUCCUAGUGCAACACAGUUGGGCACCUAAGCGUGGACCUAAAAGGGUUAGAUCCACUCUUAAAUUGGACGAGUUGGAUGAUAUCAGUGAUGAGUGGAUUAAUACAGAUGUUCUGAUAUUUAAUUCCGGACAAUGGUGGGUUCCUGGGAAGCUCUUUGGAACGGGUUGCUAUUUCCAAAUUGGUAACUCAUUGAAGCUAGGGAUGUCAAUUGGCACUGCCUUCAGAACAGCUUUGGGUACAUGGUCUUCUUGGGUUGAUACAAUGAUUAACCCAAACAGGACACGCGUCUUUUUUCGAACUUUUGAACCAUCUCACUGGAGUGGUGACGAAACUCUGCGCUUAUGCAAUAUGACGAGUCAACCUCUUUCAGAAACCGAAGGGAAAGACAGUAGCCCAUUUUCGGACACCGUAUUUGAUGUGGUGAAAAACAUGGCAGUUCCAGUAACUGUUCUGCACAUAACUCCCUUGUCAGCUUUUAGGAGAGAUGCACAUGUGGGUAUAUGGAGCGACAAACCAAAUAUGUCGGACUGCAGCCACUGGUGUCUACCAGGAGUACCUGAUAUAUGGAACGAAAUACUCUUUCACCUGCUUCCUGGCUUCAAAGAUGCAUCCUCAGAGUGAGCUAACAGAGUCCUGCGUAACAGGAUACGAACCAUCCUUCCUAACCUGUUCAACUGUAUAUUUUUCCUUGAAGAAAGGAGGUCAAGCACAAUUUUGCAUCAGUAAAACUAAAGGAGUGUAUAGCCAGCCACGUCUAGAGAGAAAUCAU